CUGUUGCGGACCGGCGAUGAAAGGACGCGUAAGGCUAUCAUACAGGAUCUUCGGACAAGACUCAACCUACACCAUCAGUACCUUUUACCUUUUCUCGGACUCUCUAUGGACCUCGGCCACCCUACCGGGUCCAAUGCCACAACCCCGACGUCAACUUACACACCCUAUUCAUCUUCCAUCAAUGGGCCUUUCAUCAUUUCCCCUUAUCUCGCCAAUGGCUCGGCCUCAUAUUACCUCCAACUCCAUCCGCACGCCAACUCGCUCUCCAUCCUCCUCGGCGCCGCCAAAGGCCUCAGCUUUCUCCACAAUCUCCUCCCACAAAUCGUGCAUGGUGAUGUACGAGGAGCCAACAUUCUCGUCGACUCCAGCGGCGAAGCCGUGCUGGCCGACUACGGUCUCUUCCGACUGAUGAACGGCGGCCGGGGCAAUGCUCGUACGACAAGCCAGUUUUCAACCCUGGGAGGUGUUAAUGGUACCUUGGGUGGUGAGGGCAGGGGAAAUGGAAUGAGGUCGAUCAAGGACGUCAUUAAUGUGGAAGGUGUUCGAUGGGCUGCCCCCGAGAUCGUAUGUGAUCAGCGCCACUUGGAAGCGCUUAUUGCCCAAUCGAACCGGAUUGAUGGCAGGUCAUGGAAUGGUCGAUGGGGGUCUGAACGACAGGGAUAUGGGGCGAGUGAUGAUUUUUUGGAAAUUGUGACGGCGAUGAGCGAUGUUUGGAGCUUUGGGAUGACCAUGUACGAGCUACUUACUGGGCGUCUUCCAUAUUACCAACAUGUCCGUGACGAAACAGUGGCCCUUGCCAUUUCGCUUCAAGAGCUACCGAAGCCGCCUUCAGCUGUAAAUGAAGUUCGAACAGAGUGGACACCCGAGCUAUGGAGUUUGAUGCAAGAGUGCUGGAUGAUUGAUAGGAGAAGAAGGCCUAACGUAGACGAGCUCAUUCGACGAUUGACCUCCAUCGUCAAUCAAGGCUUGAAUGCCCUCGACCUAUCUAAACCACCACGUCCAACAGUCAAUACCUCUACCUCACCAACAAGUAAUGGAGUUUCCCCGGUCAAGAAGGGCAGCCCCAUGCUGCAAGUUCCCUCAGGAUCACCGAGUCACUUGUUGAAUCCCGAAGCUUCAUCCAGCCGACAUUCCCUCCACGGAAGACACGAACAAAGAAGCCACGGUAUUCUGAAACAUCAUGCUUCAGCCGAAACGCUUAGCUACCAAAAGGCAUCCCGCUCGUCUAGAAACCCAGAGUGGUUUGGCACUCUCCGGCAUUCCAACUCGGCCAGCGCAUUACGUCAUCAAAUGUCAAUCCAGUCCUUCCAUGAGCCGCCUCGAGUUACAAUCGUCCGCCCUCAACGUAACAAUUCCAUUCUAUCCAAUGGCACAUCACCAACCGUCUCUCCCCGUCGGGAUAAAUUUCCCACGACAGUUCGCAUGGACCUACUACGUUCCGCCGAACUCGAGGUCACCCUACCGCCGGGCAUGUAUAUACAACCUGAGGCAGAAAUUUCGACCCCAGCACCCAGCUAUAGUCAUGUAGAUAAAACUGCCAGUUCGACUGCCGCCACAAAGAACAACCGAGACGCGACUAGUAAUGGGAUAAGAGCUGAUGUACCGCAAGAUGCUGUACAGCGAGACUCUCUCAUCGAUCUCAAUACCGAAGAGGAUGCUGAACCCGCAGGAAGCUCCGAAAAUAGAUCACAUAGUCCCUCUGCUAUGCCGUUUGGAAAGAAGUGGGGUGCGAUGACGGUGACAGAACGAAGAAUCCUCUUGCGAGAGUGCCAACUAGAAAGGCAAUACGCACCAACAGACGACCUUUCCGAUCACGAUUGGGUCAGUCGGCUGUCGGCACACGGCAUCACUCUUGAGGCCUUGGAGCUUAGAGGUCAGCUUGGAGGUGUUCAGAUCGGCCUGUCAAAUCCAAGGUCGGGAUCAGUCUUUUCUCCUUCACGAUCCAUGUCGUCGACCUCGAGGUCGCAAUCAUACGGUGCAACAUCCCCCUCAUCCACCUCUCGAGCAUCUCCAUACCCUGUAAAUAUGUCAUCGCCCAUCUCGAGGGCUUCUCCUCACCCCGGACCUUCCAUGUCCAAUCGCUCCAUUGCCUCUCCAGUCAUUGUACACCCAACUCUUUCCCCUGCUUCGGGUCCUUCAUCACCAGUAGGCGUGAAAUUCCAACCAUCGCCGAUUUCGCCUUUCUCCCCAUGUGGUCUUCCAUAUUCAUCAAAGGAGUUCAUGUCCUCAUCAUGGGACGUACCAGCCGUCAAGGGGGACGCACGAAGUCGUUCUAUCUUUAUGGAGGGGCGAGAUAGCUCGUCUCAUGGCCAUGAUGCAUCCUCCGAAUAUAGCCCUAGUCAAUCUCAUGCCCACUUUUGGAGCCCUACCACUACAGAGAACCGGAAUAGGGGCCUUUCUGUCUCGAAGAACCCAUCGACUUCCCAGCCUGGACCGUCUCAAGUUCAGCAGGCCCGCACUCGUUCUCCCGACCUGUUACCACCACCAAUAUGGCAAAACCCCAGUCUACAGAUCAAAAAGAAACCA